UCUCUGCUCCUGAGUAGGUCAGGUGGUCUGUGACCUCACCAUGUUCAUCCUCUGUAACCUGUCAGUGCUGAUGCUCAUGCUGACUCUUCAUGGCCAAGUUCGUGCAGGAAAGAUCAUUGGAGGCCAUGUGGCCGUGCCACAUAGCAGACCAUACAUGGCUCUUUUGGAGAUAACAACACAUGGCAAUAAGAUGAAAUACUGCGACGGAUUCCUCGUGAGUGAAGAUUUUGUGAUGACUGCCGCCCACUGCCAUGAAAAGUCUUACACAGUUUUGUUAGGACUUCACAAUGCCACAAUACGUCAUUAUAAAGAAGUGCAGAUUCUGUCUGUGGAUAAAGCAUUUCCACAUAAGGGCUACAAUGCAGCUGGGUUUAAAAAUGAUAUAAUGCUACUGAAGUUGACCUCCAGUGCAAAGCUCAGCAAAAAUGUCCAACUUGUCCCCAUGGCAAACAAGACCGAUGGCCUCGUGCCAAAAUCAUGUGUGGUCUGUGGAUGGGGACGAACCGACAGGGCUAAUGCACGCUUGUCUGACACACUCAUGGAAGUCAACGUAACGCUGGUUGAUAACAAACUCUGUGGAGAGGAAAGCGACUACUGCUCCAAGGGAAUGCAUGGACCCGGUCCGGGAGACUCUGGUGGCCCGUUAGUCUGUGAAGAUGGAAGGGUGUAUGGAGUGGUAUCUGCAAGUAGAAAAUCAAGUCAUAGUUACGUCUAUAAAUAUACCAAUAUACCUGAGAACAGAGACUGGAUUGACAACAUCAUGAUCCAUGAUGAAUAGAGCUACUGCCAGGCUGAGAACCAUGAUCAUAAUCAAAAUGCAGCAUUUUAAUUCUGAAUUUGAAUAUGCUUUGCAACAUUUUUUAUCUUAUCAUUGACCAGUAACGCCAGUGGUCAGAUGUGACUAUCAAUGAGAUUAGAUUGUGCUUAAAGAAAGCUUUUCCAAAUAAACUUUUGCUCUCUUAUUAUGUUUUCUCAAUAUGUGUGCACACAUCGUCUUUUAUGGAUUAAACAGAGGAUUUAUCACUUACCUUAAUUCAUUUCAUUGAAUUGUACAGAGGUACAAAUCAUUUGUAUGAUUCACCAUUAAAGGAUGAUAAAACCAUGGAUUGAUAUGUUAUCCUAAUCUGUAUUAAACUGUAUUCAAACACCAUUCUGCAGUCAUAUAUUUCAAAUAUUUCACACCAUAGAGCUACCUAACAUCCCUGUUUAUCAAAAUGUUGUAAGUUGUUAUCUAUUUUUUCAUUCCCGCCCGCCACCAGGCAUUGUUUGUACAGUGGCAGCGAUGGAGAAUGUGCUGUAAAGAUGUCUGCUAGUUUGUGAGAGACAAUAUUUGUUAUGGACAUCAACAAACACA